AUGUAAUAAGAAUAAUAAAUAUUAGUGCAAUUAUUAUCAGCCUAGGAUAGAAUACCUGAACUGAUAUGUAAAUAUCUAUAGGAAGUUUCUUUUCUCAGAUAAUUUGAUUAGACUUAAGGACAAGGUUUUAUGAAGAAAUUAGCAUCUUUAGUCUAAUUUAAGAUAUUUCAAUAAGAUGAGAUUAUUUUAGAAUAAGGAAGACCUGUGAAUUCAUUAUACUUAUUUAUGUAUGGAUUAGUAGGAAAACAUUAAACAAAAAGGGAUAAAAAUUAUGAAGUUGUGUAAGAGAAGAGUGCAAUUGGUGAAAUAUAUUUUCUAACUCGUUAAGCUUGCAAAUACUGGUUUUCAGCAUUGAAAGCAUCUCUUAUUUGUUAUGUAACAAAAGACAAUUUCUAUAAGAUUGUAAAAAAGAAAAAUAUAACAAUGUCAUUAUUAAAUGAAUUACUAUAAUAUCCAUUUUUUUCACAAUUAUCUAUAAGGUAUAAGAAAUAAUUAAUAUAGUUUUAUUGAAUAGAUAUGUUAGAAGAGUUAGACAGUAAAUUACAUAAAUCAUUAAAUAGUAUUUGAUAUUGAUUAAGAUGCUAAUAGUUGGUACAUAGUUAUGUAAGGAGAAUUUUAAGUAUUGUAUUAACAUUAGAAGAAAUACUUUCCUCUUAUUCUACUCUCUUAAGGAGAUUAUUUUGGAGAAAUUGAAAUAGUAUAAAAGUUGUAGCGUUAAUUUAGAAUAUAAUGCAUAAGCAAUGAAUCAACUUUAUUGGAAAUAAAUAAAUAAUCAUUUUAAUAAUUAAUGAUUUAUGAUUAACAAUUUAAGAUUAUGAUUAAUCAAAAUAUUUAGAAUCGCAUUAAUUCAUAUGAUGAAAUAAUUAAAUAAAAUAUUCUUACUUUAAGUAUUCCUUUAUCAAGUAAAAGAAGUAGAUCUAAAAUGCAUCUGAAAUCUAUACAUUUAAAAAUAAAAAGUACUGAUACUUCUGUUGAACCAAAUGUUUAAGAAUUUUAAAGCGAAAGAGAGAAAGCUUUAUUAAAUUUAUUAGAAUCUAAAAUAGUUAAGAAAGAGAGUAAAAAAACUUUAUAUUAAAGAUUGAGAGAAUAAAAUCCAAGAUUGUUAUAAUUUCUUGAGAAAAUGGAAGAAGUAAAGUAGUCACAAUAUAAGUAAUAAACAUAAAAGAAAUUUGAAUUAAUCAAAUAGCUUCCUUCCAUUCAAUCAACACCUCUGGUCGAUUCUAUUUAAUCUAAUUCUUAGACUCCUAUAUUUUCUUUUAAAGGAGAUUCUCCAAUAAGAAUAAGAUAAUUAACUAAAAGCAGAAAUUAAAAUAGUAAUUCUUCUGUACAUACUUUACAAUAAACUUAAGAGAUUUUGACAAACAUGGGAUAAGGAAAAUAUUUUAAAUUAUUAUUCCAUAAAAAAGAAACUUGA